CCUAUAUAAGUAGACAUAGCACGUCUUUACUUUGAGCGUACUUCCACGCCCCACCGCCGAGUAGACAAAAGGUAGUCAAAUCAGACGUGCCGACACCACAGCGUAGCAAAGCCUUGCAUACACGCUCAACAUAGAUGGCUGACCACGAGGAGCCACCGCCCGGCACUUAUGACGGCGAGGAGCGCGCGCCGGACGUCGAGACCGGCAACUCGCAUCUCCCUCCGCCGCCGGAGCUCCACGCCGCACCGCAGGAGCAUGGGGCAGAUCAAGGCGCGGUGCUGGACGCAGGUCGCUCGCGGGCGGAAAUGCUGGCGGCUAUAUUUGCAGCGCAAGCGGGCGCGAAUGUUGUCCCAUCUGACCCGACUGGCCACAAGCGGAAACUUGAUGACGAUGAAUACCAUGACGCGCCUGAUAGCAAGCGCCCUGCCAGCAUGGCAUUCGGGGACGGCUCCGGGGCGCUGCCUCCUCCGCCACCUCUGGGAGCUGAUGCGCCAGUGGCCAUGGAGACAAUUAUGUGCCCUCCCGACAAGGUUGGCCGCGUGAUUGGCCGCGCGGGAGCGACGAUCCGGGACCUUGAAGCCAGCACCGGCACGCGGAUUCAGGUGGACCACAAGGCGCCGGGUGACAAGCCCGUCACCAUCUCGGGCCGGGCGGACGAGGUAGAGCGUGCCAAACGGCAGGUGCUGGACCUCAUCUCGGGGCACGGCUCAGACGCCGCCCCGGCGCCUGGCGAGGCGCAGAAGACGCUGGAGUGCCCGCAGGGCAUUGUGGGGCGCGUGAUUGGGCGCGGCGGCGAGACCAUCCGCACGCUGCAGCAGGCCAGCGGCGCGCACAUCCUGGUCAACCAGGACUUCCCGGAGGGCGCGGCGCGCCAGAUCACCAUCUCGGGCAGCCAGGACGCGGUGGACCGCGCCGCCAGCAUGGUGCAGGAGCUCAUCGGCGGCGAGCACGCCAACACGUCGCAGGUGGUCCAGCGGGUGAGCAACAACAGCGGCGCCGGGAACACGUUUGGCGUGGGUUCGACUGAGGUGUUGGAGUGCCCCAAGACCAUGGUUGGGCGCAUCAUCGGCAAGGGCGGCGAGACCAUUAAGGACCUCCAGAAGCGCUUCAACGCCAGCAUCCAGAUCGACCAGAGCGCCAUGCCCUGCAAGGUCACCAUCACCGGGCCCAGCCACACCAUCGCCUCAGCGCGGCGCGCCAUUGAGGACCUCAUCCGCUCCACCGGGCCCCCGCCAGGCGGCAUGGGCAUGGGCGGCGGCUCGCGGCCACCCUACGGCGCUCCCUACGGGCAGCAGUACCCGGGCGGGGCGGGGGGCUACGGCGGCGGCUAUGGCGGGUACGGGGCGCCGGGUGGGUACGGGGCGCCGGGCGGCUACCCCGGCUACGGCGGCUAUGGCGGCUACCCGGGUGGCGCGCCCUACGGCGGCUACAACGCGGGUGGCUACGGGGCGCCCGGUGCGCAGUCGUCCGACCCCUACGGCGCCGGCUCCAGCAGCUACAACUACGGCGGAGCCGGCGGCGGCUCCUCAUCUGCGGCGCCCGGCGCCCCCGGCUCCACGCCCGCUGCGCCGGGCACGAACGGGUCUGGCUCGGGCGGCAGCAGCCCCUGGCAGGCGCUGCAGGAUGACCAGGGCCGCACCUACUACUACAACAGCACCACCGGCGUCAGCCAGUGGGAGCGGCCAGCGGACAUGCCGUAAGCGGUAGCGGCGGGAACAGGCGGAUGAGGAGGCGGAUGGCAGGGAGGAGGUGCAGAUUUCUGACAGAUUGACUUGCAUUGCACGUUGCAGGAAAUGUUGACCUUAACAAGACAUUUGCCAUGUUAGUGCGCUGGCAUGCUUUUUGUGUUUGGUGUCAUGUGAAAGGGGACGGACAGCCGGAGAGGACCGGCAGCACCCUCCCCCUCAACUUGGCGUAGGGGUGGCUUUGCUGAGGCAUUCCGGUGUGUGUGGUGUGAGAGGUGUGAGGACGAGACGCAUGCAGAGCAGCCGGUGGGCAGGCUGCUGCAUGUUGGCGGUGUUGUGUUCGGGCGCUCGGGAAGCCUGUGGUCCAAGAUAACGCAGACGCACUGGGCGGCGGCAUUCAACUGCCUGCGUAUCAGGUGGAGAUGCGCGGGGCAAAAGCAGGAGCCAGUAGCGACGGGUGCUGACCGGGUGCACGCCUGCACGGCACGGACUGGAAGACUGUAGCUGGGGAGUCGGGCUCCGGCGGAUGCGAUUGCGCGAUCGUCCUAAUUGCCCCACGCAUUGGGGGCACACGGUGAAGGUACAGUGAUGCACUUCCACGCCUGCCCGCAUAUAAGCCCGCAUACCAGGGGUGCCGCAUACACACGGACAUGGGAUGCAUCACGCCAGCAGCCAGUUCAUAUACUGGGCAGAGUCCAAGCCUAGGGGCACCAUCGGACAGGUGGCAGCGACAGAGAGAUGCAGGAAUGCCAAUGCUGCAACGACGCGGUGGGCAGAGUGGAAGCGGGGCAUCGGGAGCCGGGCUGACGUCUCAGC